GCAUCCUCCUCCCUGGCCGGUGAGAGUUCGGUUGAAGGGUGCUGGAUGGUGGGGAGUACCACUGAUGAGAGAACUGGUGAAAGAAGGAGCUAUUUUAGCACGCAUUAGAGGAUUCUUACGUUUAUCUGCCGGGUACUGUUAAGUAACUGGACAGUGUUUCUUCAUCUGCCGUGAGUGGUGACAAAGUGUGUUCUGCUCCUGGUGUCCAGCAACAAUGUCACAGAGGAGUGGGCAGGAGGACCCAGAGCGGUACCUCUUUGUGGACCGCGCUGUGGUCUAUAACCCGGCCGCACAGGCUGACUGGACUGCCAAGAGGUUAGUAUGGAUCCCAUCAGAACGCCAUGGCUUUGAGGCUGCCAGUGUUCGCGAGGAGCGUGGGGAUGAGGUCGUGGUGGAGCUCGCAGAGAAUGGGAAGAAGGCAGUGGUCAACAAGGAUGAUAUCCAGAAGAUGAACCCGCCAAAGUUCAGCAAAGUGGAGGACAUGGCUGAACUCACCUGCCUCAACGAAGCCUCUGUGCUUCACAACCUCAAAGACCGCUACUACUCUGGCCUCAUCUAUACAUACUCCGGUCUCUUCUGCGUGGUCAUAAAUCCCUACAAAAACCUGCCCAUCUAUUCAGACAACAUCAUUGAGAUGUACAGGGGCAAAAAGAGGCACGAAAUGCCCCCUCACAUCUAUGCCAUCUCAGAGUCUGCAUACAGAUGCAUGCUACAAGAUCGAGAAGAUCAAUCCAUUCUUUGCACAGGUGAGUCAGGAGCUGGCAAGACAGAAAACACAAAAAAAGUCAUUCAAUACCUGGCACACGUUGCCUCCUCCCACAAAGGAAGAAAAGACCACAACAUUCCCCCAGAAUCACCAAAACCAGUGAAACUACAGGCACAAAAUGCAGUUAGUGGACCCCUGUUUUAUGGUGAAUUGGAACGUCAGCUUUUGCAAGCCAACCCCAUCCUUGAAUCCUUUGGGAAUGCUAAGACAGUGAAAAAUGACAACUCGUCACGUUUUGGCAAAUUCAUCCGGAUCAACUUUGAUGUCACAGGAUACAUUGUUGGAGCAAAUAUUGAAACCUACUUGCUGGAGAAGUCCAGAGCUAUACGUCAAGCCAAAGACGAGCGCACCUUCCACAUUUUCUAUCAGCUGCUGGCUGGAGCUGGAGAACACCUCAGAUCGGACCUGCUUUUGGAAGGAUUCAACAGCUACCGUUUCCUGUCUAAUGGUCACAUCCCAGUCCCUGGCCAACAGGACAAAGACAACUUCCAGGAGACCAUGGAGGCCAUGCACAUCAUGAGCUUUGCCCAUGACGAGAUUCUGGCCAUGUUGAAGGUGGUGUCGUCAGUGCUUCAGUUUGGUAACAUCGUCUUUAAAAAGGAGAGGAACACUGACCAGGCCUCAAUGCCUGAUAAUACUGCCGCUCAGAAACUGUGUCAUUUGCUGGGUAUGAAUGUAAUGGAGUUUACCAGAGCCAUCCUGUCCCCAAGGAUCAAAGUGGGAAGAGACUAUGUCCAGAAAGCACAGACUAAAGAGCAGGCUGACUUUGCUGUGGAGGCCCUGGCUAAAGCGACUUAUGAGCGUCUGUUCCGCUGGCUGGUCCAUCGCAUUAACAAAGCUCUGGACAGAACUAAACGGCAGGGUGCCUCCUUCAUUGGCAUCCUGGACAUUGCCGGUUUUGAGAUUUUCCAGCUGAACUCAUUUGAGCAGCUGUGUAUCAACUACACCAAUGAGAAGCUGCAGCAGCUCUUCAACCACACCAUGUUCAUCCUGGAGCAGGAGGAAUACCAGAGGGAGGGCAUCGAGUGGAGCUUCAUUGACUUCGGCCUCGACCUGCAGCCCUGCAUCGACCUCAUUGAGAGACCGGCAAACCCUCCAGGAGUGUUGGCUCUGCUGGAUGAAGAAUGCUGGUUCCCCAAGGCCACAGAUAAGACCUUUGUAGACAAGCUGAUCCAGGAGCAGGGCACACACACCAAGUUCCAGAAGCCCCGCCAGCUCAAAGAUAAGGCCGACUUCUGCAUCAUUCACUACGCUGGCAGGGUGGACUACAAGGCAGACGAGUGGCUCAUGAAGAACAUGGACCCCCUGAAUGACAAUGUGGCCACACUUUUGCAUCAGUCAACUGACAAAUUCGUGGCUGAACUUUGGAAAGAUGUUGACCGUAUCGUGGGCCUGGACCAGGUGGCAGGGAUGAAUGAGACAGCCUUUGGUGCUACCUACAAAACAAAAAAGGGCAUGUUUCGUACAGUGGGACAGCUCUACAAGGAGUCGCUCACCAAACUUAUGGCCACACUGAGGAACACCAACCCCAACUUUGUUCGCUGUAUCAUCCCCAACCAUGAAAAAAGAGCGGGUAAACUGGAGCCUCACCUGGUUUUGGACCAGCUGAGGUGUAAUGGAGUCCUAGAGGGGAUUCGCAUCUGCAGACAGGGCUUCCCCAACCGCAUCGUCUUCCAGGAGUUCAGACAGAGAUAUGAGAUCCUGACACCCAACGCUAUCCCCAAGGGAUUCAUGGAUGGAAAACAAGCCUGUGAAAGAAUGAUCCAAGCCCUGGAGCUGGACCCCAACCUGUUCCGUAUUGGUCAGAGUAAGAUCUUCUUCAGAACUGGUGUUCUGGCUCACCUGGAGGAAGAGCGAGACCUGAAGAUCACUGACAUCAUCAUCUAUUUCCAGUCUGUGUGCCGUGGUUACUUGGCACGCAAAGCCUUUGCUAAGAAGCAGCAGCAGCUAAGUGCCCUGAAGGUCCUCCAGAGGAACUGUGCUGCUUACUUGAAGCUGCGACACUGGCAGUGGUGGAGACUCUUCACUAAGGUGAAGCCUCUGCUGCAGGUCACCAGGCAGGAGGAGGAGAUGCAGGCCAAAGACGAGGAGCUGAUAAAAGUGAAGGAGAGACAGCUCAAAGUGGAGAAUGAGCUUGUGGAGAUGGAGAGGAAGCAUCAACAGCUCCUAGAGGAGAAAAACAUUCUAGCAGAGCAACUCCAUGCUGAGACGGAGCUGUUUGCAGAGGCUGAAGAGAUGAGAGUUCGCCUGCUUUCUCGGAAGCAAGAGUUGGAGGAGAUCCUUCAUGACCUGGAGUCUAGGGUGGAGGAAGAGGAGGAGCGGAACCAGAGCCUGCAGAAUGAGAAGAAGAAGAUGCAGUCACACAUCCAGGACCUGGAGGAACAGCUUGAUGAGGAGGAGGCUGCAAGACAGAAGCUGCAGCUGGACAAAGUGACAGCUGAGGCAAAGAUCAAGAAAAUGGAGGAGGACAUUCUGUUGCUUGAGGACCAAAACUCCAAGUUCCUCAAGGAGAAAAAGCUGCUGGAGGACAGGAUCAGUGAGAUGACCACUCAGCUGACAGAGGAGGAGGAGAAAGCAAAGAACCUUGGCAAGGUCAAGAACAAGCAAGAGAUGAUGAUGGUUGACCUGGAGGAGCGUUUAAAGAAGGAGGAGAAGACGCGCCAGGAGCUGGAGAAGGCCAAACGCAAACUGGACGCUGAGACGACUGACCUGCAGGACCAGAUUGCUGAGCUUCAGGCUCAGAUAGAGGAGCUGAAGAUCCAGCUGACCAAAAAGGAGGAGGAGCUGCAGACUGCUCUGGCCAGGAGUGACGAGGAGACGGUCCAGAAGAACAAUGCCUUGAAGCAGGUUCGGGAGCUGCAGGCUCACCUCGCUGAGCUUCAGGAGGAUCUGGAGUCAGAGAAGAUGUGUCGAAGUAAAGCUGAAAAACUUAAGAGGGACCUGAGCGAGGAGCUCGAGGCUCUGAAGACGGAGCUGGAGGACACGCUGGACACCACUGCUGCUCAGCAGGAGCUCAGGUCCAAGCGAGAGCAAGAGGUGGCAGAACUGAAGAAGGCCAUAGAUGAGGAGACCAAAAACCAUGAGGCUCAGAUCCAGGAAAUGAGACAGAGGCACACCACAGCACUGGAGGAACUUUCUGAUCAGCUGGAACAGGCCAAGAGGUUCAAAGCCAACCUGGAGAAGAACAAGCAGAGUCUGGAGAGUGACAACAAAGAGAUGGCCUGUGAGGUGAAGAGUCUGCAGCAGGCAAAGACGGAGUCAGAGUAUAAGAGGAAGAAACUGGAGGCCCAGCUGCAGGAGUUGAUGGCCAGGGCAACCGAGGUGGAGAGAGCCAAGGGAGAGCUGGCUGAACGCUCGCACAAACUCCAGACGGAACUGGACAAUGUGUCAUCUUUGCUGGAGGAGUCAGAGAAGAAGGGCGUCAAACUGGCCAAAGAAGCUGACAAACUGAACAGCAAACUUCAAGAUUUAGAGGAGUUGCGGCAGGAAGAGACGCGUCAGAAGCUGAACCUGAGUGGCCAAAUCCGCCAGCUGGAGGUGGAAAAAAGCGCCUUGCUAGAGCAGCAGGAUGAGGAUGAGGAGGCUCGUCGUAACCUGGAGAAACAGCUUCAGACGGUGCAGGCUCAGCUGUUUGAGACAAAAAAGAAGUUAGACGAGGAUGUUGGAGCAAUGGAGGGCCUGGAGGAGGUGAAGAGAAAACUCCAGAAGGACAUGGAGCUGACGAGCCAGCGUCUGGAGGAGAAGACCAUGGCCAUGGACAAGAUGGAGAAGACCAAGAACCGUCUGCAGCAGGAGCUGGAUGACCUGAUGGUAGACCUGGACCACCAGAGACAGAUCGUCUCGAACCUCGAAAAGAAACAGAAAAAGUUUGAUCAGUUGCUGGCUGAGGAGAAAACCAUCUCGGCCCGUUAUGCUGAGGAGCGUGACCGUGCGGAGGCUGAGGCCAGAGAGAAGGAGACCAAGGCUCUGUCUAUGGCCAGAGCGCUGGAGGAGGCCUUGGAGGCUAAAGAGGAACUGGAGAGGUUUAACAAGCAACUCCGUGCUGAAAUGGAAGACCUGAUGAGCUCCAAGGAUGAUGUGGGGAAGAAUGUACAUGAACUGGAGAAGUCCAAGCGAACGCUGGAGCAACAGGUGGAGGAGAUGAGAACACAGCUGGAGGAGCUGGAGGAUGAGCUGCAGGCUACAGAGGAUGCCAAACUGCGUCUGGAGGUCAACAUGCAGGCCAUGAAGGCCCAGUUUGACCGAGAUCUGCAGGCCAGAGAUGAACAGGGAGAGGAGAAGAAGAGGGCACUUGUCAAACAGGUGCGUGAGAUGGAGGCAGAGUUGGAGGACGAGAGGAAACAGAGAACCCUGUCUGUUGCCGCUAAGAAGAAGCUGGAGAUGGACCUGAAUGAGCUGGAGGGACAGAUCGAAGCUGCUAAUAAAGGCAGAGAAGAGGCUAUUAAACAGCUCCGAAAACUGCAGGCUCAGAUGAAGGACUAUCAGAGAGAGCUGGAGGAGGCCAGAGCCUCCAGGGACGAGAUCUUCACCCAGUCCAAGGAGAACGAGAAGAAACUCAAGAGCCUAGAAGCUGAAAUUCUACAGCUGCAGGAGGACCAUGCAGCAUCAGAGAGGGCUCGUCGACAUGCUGAGCAAGAGAGGGACGAGCUGGCCGAUGAGAUCUCCAACAGCGCUUCUGGAAAAUCAUCACUGCUGGAAGAGAAGAGGAGGCUGGAGGCUCGCAUUGCUCAGCUGGAGGAGGAGCUGGAGGAGGAGCAGGGCAACAUGGAGCUGCUCAACGACCGCUUCAAGAAGACCAACAUGCAGGUCGACAGCCUGAACGCUGAGUUGGCCGCAGAGCGCAGCACUGCCCAGAAGAGUGAGAACGCUCGGCAGCAGAUGGAGCGACAGAACAAGGAUUUGAAAGCCAAGCUAGCAGAGCUGGAAGGGACUGUCAAGUCAAAGUUUAAGGCGACCAUCACUGCCCUGGAGGCCAAGAUCCUGCAGCUGGAGGAGCAGCUGGAGCAGGAAGCAAAGGAGAGAGCAUCAGCCAACAAAAUCGUCCGUCGUACAGAGAAGAAACUAAAGGAGGUGAUGAUGCAGGUGGAGGAUGAGCGUCGUCACGCUGACCAGUACAAGGAGCAGAUGGAGAAAGCGAACUCUCGUAUGAAGCAGCUGAAGCGUCAGCUGGAGGAGGCGGAGGAGGAAGCCACCAGGGCCAAUGCUUCCCGCAGGAAGCUGCAGAGGGAGCUGGACGACGCCACUGAGGCCAGCGAGGGUCUCACUCGGGAGGUCAACUCCCUCAAGAACCGCCUCAGGCGCGGUGGUCCAGUCAGCAGCUUCUCCUCCAGCCGUUCAGGUCGCCGCAACCUCAAUCUGGAUGGCGCCUCCGUCGACAUGUCAGAUGAUGACGCAGACAGCCGCGCCGGCGACUUCAAUGAGACACAAACCUCCAGCGUCGAGUAACCACAGCGACUCCCUCAUUCCUUGCUCUUCCCCUCCCCUCACCUCCCACCUCAUCCACCUGUGACCUGCGCUCAGUUUUCCCCUUAAGAUCCUCAACGUCACCAUUGUCUUUAUUCAUUUCAAACCACAGACUGGACAGAAGACUGGAGUGAUGAGCACGUCUCUGCCCUUUUUAUAUCAGUUAACACUGCAGGGAAAAUCUACCGCCCUCCGCUGAAGUUAAGCCUCCAGUCUUGGAGAAUCACAGGGGCAAAUGGACAAUUCUGCCCCUUUCCUCUGGCAAGCUGCUAGUUCUGGCUCAUCUCUCAGCCACGUAUCAUCUCCGCACCAUGAAGUAACAUACACACCCUUCCCCACCUCCUCCUGUUAGGCGUGAAGUUAUCUGCUCAGCUUGUUGAGAAAGUACGUAUAGGUGCAAAGUGCUUUUUAUACAUAUGAAACUCUGCGUGUGUGAUGUAGGCGGAGGCUGUGAGGUGUACACACAUCAAAUAUGUAACGUAUGUGAAUGCACUCCAUAAUGGAAAUGCAGGACUACAAGGAAACGUAUUUCGCUCUAGUGUUGUUGUCAGUGUUCUACUCACUAGUUGUGUAAAAGCCGUCUCAUACUCGACACACUCCCUCCUGUCCUCUCAAAAUGGCAAAGCCCAAAACCGAGGUCACCGUGGCCUUUGGACGGCUGCUUUCGUUGCAUGAGUCUCCCUCUGAUGGACUGUUUGUUGUUCAGCUUGUACACAGCAGCACUACAGGAAAGAAUAAGAUCUCAAAACAUGCAACAGAACAACAUGGACUCUCAAUUUAAAAUGUAUUACUGUGAAAACCAAGGUAUUUUAUUUUCUCUGUUCCUCUAUCUCAACAUUUAGUGAAGGAAUGUGUAGCUGGGUUUUAACUAGGAAGCUCCCAACCUGUUUUGUAUUGUUGACUAUAGGGAACCUGACUGGAUUUUGUAAUAUACUGUCCACUACUGUGGACUGGUGUGAGCUGCAAAUGAUGCACAGAACUGCACAGGAUAAUGUUUUAAAUGGAAACCAAGUGACACUAAGUGGUUAAAGCUUAGAUAAAAUAUGGUAGUUUGAUUAGAAACGGCAACGGAUCGAAAACUUCAUUUCAGUGUUUGUGCCGAGCCCAGUUUGUAUUAUCAUCCUUAUUUGAGUCACAGAGUCAAAGCAUCAGUUUUUCUGAAAAAUAAUUACCUGUCGAUCUAACUGCUGUUCUGAGGACAUUGACAAAAAACAAACAAAAAAAAAAAAUAAUAAUUUUAAACUUUGAAGCUGUGAUGGAUGAGAAGUCCUCAAAGUUCUCAAUCUGAACAUAAUAUGUAACAUAUAAUUCAAAUUAUUUUUAACCCAUUUGUAAGUUACAACUCUAGUUCCUAAAUGGAGACAAGAUAAAACUAAAUUUAAGUCAUUUUUAGUUAUUUGUCCAUAAUCGUGUUAAAAUUCUUUGUUUUACAUUUUCAUACAAAUUUACAUUUUUAUGUUUUUAUUGUGUCAUACAAGCUUGGAGAUAUUAAAUUUCUGGCUACCUCGUUAGGAAAUCAGGAAAAUGGGAACAAAACUGUCAAAACUGAAAAUCUCUUGCUGUUGAGUCAAAAGUGAGUAUUUUAUUAUUUUAGAAACACCUUUGCAACAGCAAAAAACAUUUUUCAGAGAUCGCUCUGUAUGAAUUUUCCAGAAAAACUUUUUGCAGUAGCUCUGUGACACGACUGUAAUAGUGACACAUGACGAUGAUGAAAAAACUAGGGCUGGUUUGUGCCAUGAUUUUACGAGUUGAAGCCUAAUUCUUCACACUACAUACAGACCUGAUCAAGCACUUAGUAUUCACAGGUUGUCUGAAAAAUUUUUUUUUUAGCCCAAGUCCUUUAACAGCAUUUUUACCAAGGUGAAAUCAGGCUCUAGCUGAAGUACAACAGCCACCUCAACAGUUAAACCUCUACAGAGCUGCAAGCCGGGGUUAUCCAUCCAUCAACUGUACUUUUAGUUUUUUCCUUCAUUGUGGAUAUGCACAUUAGGAUGGUUGUCUACAGUAGACUACUUUGCCCUGCUUUUCAAAUGUUAACAGUAUGUUUCUUUAAAAGUGCCUUAGACACUAGAUAAGAACAUAAGUGGGCAAAGAUUUAAUUACAGAUGUGAAACAGGAAAAAAAAAACCUAAUGAGAUGAAACCGGUACACCAAGGAGAUAUUCAACACUUUUUUUUCUUUUAUAUUAUUGCUGUGCUUCAUAUCAUAUCUGCUCUUUACCUCCAUGUUCAUAAUAAACCGUUUGGGUCAAAAUCAGUAUUCCAAUAUGAUUAACCACAUGAGAAGCGGAGUCCUUGGCAGCUGCAUUUCUCAAAAAUUAUGUUUGUACGAGGACUUUUCCACCUGUGAGGGCUCACAGGCGGAUGUUUAGUCCUGGAUUUACUUUUGGGAAAUAAUGCACUGCACAGGAUUUUAUUUGGUUGGAAGCUUUAUCAUCCACAAGUAGUUAAUGCAUUUUUAUUUUAUUAUUGUAAUCCAGCUGGCUGUUGACAACCAGGCAUUCAACUGCAAAUACUCCAUCGUAUUAUUUCUUGUAUACCUGUAUUUCUAGACUGUAAUUUUUUUCGUUUUGUUCGUUUUUGUAAAAGAAAAAUAAAGCAUAUUCAUUGUA